AUGCCGCUUCUCGACAAAGUGCAUGGCGAUCUCGAGUUGUACAUUGGCGGGCUCUUCACUCUACGCCGCAAAGAAGCGCUACAGGCAUCGAACAUCACGCACGUCCUCUCUGUACUCCGACUACCGCUGGAGGAAUCCUUGUUCGAGGACUACCAGCACAAGGUAGUAGAGGUCGACGAUGUCGACGACGAAAACUUGCUGGAGCAUUUCGAAGACUGCAACAAGUUCAUUCAGGCUGGACUCGAUGCAGGCGGAGGCGUGCUCGUGCAUUGUGCAAUGGGCAAGUCCCGUUCUGCAACAUGCGUAUGUGCUUACCUCAUGCACAAGUACGGACUCAGUCCGGAUGAGGCCUUGGCACAGCUGCGUGUGAGCAGACCGCUUUGUGAGCCGAACGAUGGGUUCUGGCAACAGCUGCAGCUUUACCACGAUAUGGGACGACCUGAAAACAUAGAAGAAGUCCCAGCCUAUCAGCGUUGGCUGUAUCUGCAGGAGGUCGCCUUAAGUCGAGCAUGCGGUCAAGCCCCCGAAGCAGAAAAGAUUCGUUUCGAGGACGAGCACUCUUCUGGGACUGGUACUUCAGACUUUGAGAUGAGAUGCAAAAAGUGCAGACGAACUUUGGCCACCUCGCAAUACAUCGUCAGUCACAAAUCACAGCAAGAUCAGCAGUCCGGGACGCCACCCGAUCGAAUGACCACAUCAACAGCUUGCGCACACUACUUCCUGGACCCACUGUCCUGGAUGAGGCCAGAGCUAGAGCAGGGUAAACUGGAUGGACGCCUCGAGUGUCCCAAGUGCAAGACCAACGUGGGCAAGUACGCAUGGCAAGGUAUGCAGUGCAGCUGCGGCGACUGGGUAGUACCUGGAAUCAGCCUUGCAAAGGGUAGAAUCGACGAAGUGAAGUCAAGGCCUCAGCAAGGGUAUGGCAUCCGCAUGCCGCCUCCAGCGGCGGGCAGGAAAGCAGGUCAAGGCCAAGGCAACUUGUGA